CGGCGUGUCAGGUGAUGCCGGAAGUGACGCAAUGUUGACGGCCCGGCAGGUGGGAGGAGGACCAAUGGCCGAGAGCGGGCGCGAGACGGCGCUUGGGCGCUUACAAAAAUUCAGAUUUUGGGGAAGAGCGUCAGACCAACCCAUCAGGAGUGCAUGGAUAAUUAAAGUUUCCAGAAAUGAACCAGAAGUUGUUACUUUUGUACUGGAACCCACAAUUUGAGGAUGAUAGAGGAACCCAGUGUUGAAAUGUCUUAGUUUUGCACUUUUGAACCUGCACUGAAUGUCAGUUUAGUUUAUCGAAUCUGUAGAGCAAGCCUGUGCUCAAGAGGACAUGGGAUACUGCUCUGCCUGGAACAAUGAUCAGAAUACACCAGAGCAGCCUCUGUUCUGAAGCCUAAAACAGCCCCGUAUACAUCCAUUCAUGAAUCUGUGACGUCAGUAGCCUCUGUGUUCUCCUUUGCAGCAGGAUUGCAGGAUUAUAUGGGUGGGAUUUCCUUGCUGUAUUUUACACCGUAUAUAUGUGUAUGUGUAUAUGCGUCGCCAACCAUCUCUUAAUGAAAAAAAUGGAGAAGGAUUAUAGAAAUUACCAAUCAAUGCAAUCAGGCCACUACUUCCUACACUAGGAGUAAACAUUUUGCUUUCUUAAAGCAAUACCUGUGCCUGUUUGCUCCAUGCACAUGCACACCUACAAUACAAUGACCAGUUCUCAGGAGCCCCUGACCUGGUCUUCCUCUACAACCAUUAUUGCCAAGACCCUCAGUGAAGACAUUCAGUUCAGUGGGAUGCAUGGAGAACAUAAACCCACAGCUCUUCAUCCUUCACCUGAGAUUAUAGAGGAUGUACAAGGAAAGAGUUUACUUCACAACAGUGCACCAGAGACAAUGAAUAGCUCAGUUGCCACAACAGUAUUGACCAGUGUGAGUGAGGAUUCAAGGGACCAGUUUGAAAACAGUGUGCUGCAGUUAACGGAACAAGAUGAACUGGAAACUCCUGUCCAUCAGAGCAACAAGGACAACAUAGUUGGAGAGACCAACAGUGGAACAGAAGACAUCAAAAUCCAGUUCAACAGAUCAGGCAGUGGAAAUGGUGGAUUUCUUGAGGGACUCUUUGGCUGUUUGAAGCCAGUUUGGAAUAUUAUAGGAAAAGCCUACUCCACUGACUACAAGCUACAGCAACAAGAUACAUGGGAAGUUCCUUUUGAAGAGAUUUCUGAGCUGCAGUGGCUGGGUAGUGGAGCACAAGGAGCUGUGUUCUUAGGAAAAUUUCGAGCAGAGGAGGUGGCCAUCAAGAAAGUGAGAGAACAGACUGAAACUGAUAUCAAGCACUUGAGAAAGCUGAAACAUCCAAACAUCAUUGCAUUCAAGGGCGUUUGCACACAGGCACCCUGCUACUGCAUAAUAAUGGAAUAUUGUGCACAAGGACAGCUUUAUGAAGUAUUGCGAGCAGGUAGAAAGGUCACACCUCGUCUCCUUGUGGAAUGGUCCACAGGGAUCGCUAGUGGAAUGAACUAUUUACAUCUGCAUAAAAUCAUCCAUAGAGAUCUCAAGUCACCCAAUGUAUUAGUCACUCACAAUGACACAGUAAAAAUUUCAGAUUUUGGUACUUCUAAAGAACUCAGCGAUAAGAGUACAAAAAUGUCCUUUGCAGGGACUGUAGCCUGGAUGGCUCCAGAAGUGAUUCGCAAUGAACCUGUCUCUGAAAAAGUAGAUAUAUGGUCAUUUGGAGUAGUUUUGUGGGAACUUCUUACUGGAGAGAUUCCAUAUAAGGAUGUAGAUUCCUCAGCCAUCAUCUGGGGUGUAGGCAGUAAUAGCUUGCACCUUCCAGUGCCCUCCACUUGCCCAGAUGGAUUCAAGAUUCUUAUGAAACAGACAUGGCAAAGUAAGCCCAGGAAUCGACCCUCUUUCCGACAGACGCUUAUGCACCUUGACAUUGCAUCUGCUGAUGUGUUGGGCACUCCUCAGGAGACCUAUUUCAAGUCUCAGGCUGAAUGGAGAGAAGAAGUGAAGAAACAUUUUGAAAAAAUUAAAAGUGAAGGAACUUGCAUACAUCGGUUAGAUGAAGAACUUAUUCGACGCAGAAGAGAAGAACUCAGGCAUGCCUUGGAUAUUCGUGAACAUUAUGAGAGAAAACUGGAGAGAGCCAAUAAUUUGUAUAUGGAGCUCAGUGCUAUCAUGCUACAACUAGAGAUUCGGGAAAAGGAGCUCAUGAAGCGGGAACAAGCAGUGGAAAAGAAGUAUCCUGGGACAUAUAAGCGUCACCCAGUUCGACCAAUAAUCCAUGCCAAUGCAAUGGAAAAACUAAUGAAGAGGAGAGGAGUCUCCCACAAAUCUGGAGGCCAAACUAAGCGGCCUGACUUACUGAAGUCAGAUGGGAUAUCCAACACUGAGGUGUUGCCCAGUGGUUCUCCUCUCUCAGCGAGUCCCAAAAUGUCAACACUUAGUAGCAAAGGACGAUACCGUUGCAAACCACGCCACCGGCGAGGAAACAGCAAAGGCAGCAAUAGUGAUUUUACAGGGAUCUUGAAAAACCAGGCAACACGGGAUGAUUCGGCUCAGCCAAGUCAUCAUCAACAACAUCACCCCCACCACCAUGGGCAUCACCCUCGGCUCAACUUACAGGGACAGGACAUAGCCAAUUGUGCUAACAAUCUUCGAUAUUUUGGACCAGCUGCAGCCUUGCGCAGUCCUCUUAGUAAUCAUGCCCAACGGAGGAUGUCCGGCUCUAGCCCAGAUCUUAUUUCUACUGCUAUGGAAGCUGAUUCACGGAGAAAUCUGGAGGAGGAGAAGGAUGGGGAGGGCACAGCUAAUCAUUGGGACUGCUGUCAAAAAGGCACAUACAGCCUCUGCCCAGAAUGCAGAAUGGGGACAAAUAGUGCAAACCAAGAACAGUCACUUGAGCCAGGACUUGAGCCACCUGAAGCACCCUCACAGGAGCCCUUAUUUGCAAAUGGGCAGUUUUCUGGGCAAAGGGAGGAAGGUGAAUUUAGCAGCCACAGGUCAGCAUCUUCUCUUGGCUCUUCUCAUCCUGUGAGCACUUCAGGACUGCUGUGUAAAACAAGACCCAUUUCAAAGAGUGGUGACGACUCUUCAGAAGAAGAAGGAGAAGUAGAUAGUGAAGUGGAAUUCCCACGAAGGCAGAGACCACACCGCUGUAUCAGUAGCUGUCAGUCCUACUCGACUUUCAGCUCUGAGAAUCUCUCUGUGUCUGAUGGGGAGGAAGGUAAUACCAGUGACCAUUCCAACAGCCCAGAUGAGCUUACCAAGAGGAAGGAAAAGAAGUUGACUCACAAGCUGGAUGAUAUGCUGUCACAGACUCCAGAAAUUCCUAUUGAGAUAUCUACUCAAUCUGAUGGACUUUCAGAUAAGGAGAGUGCUGUACGCAGAGUGAAAACACAGAUGUCACUUGGCAAGUUAUGUCCAGAGGAGCAUGGAUAUGAGAAUCCUGGUGAGUUUGGAGAUUCUGGUGGUGACUCUUCAGAUGGAGAAUGCUCUGAUACAACUGUGAGGACCAGUAAAGUGUGCAACUCGGCAACCUUGUAAAGAUGUCUCUCUCCCCUCCCUAAGUCAUUGAUUCCUCAAGAACCUCUCUUCAUUCCUUCUCUGCGAAGCUGUUUCUCCAUCCUUUCACCCAAAUGUUCUGCAAUAACUUGAAUCUUUAGAGAAAUGUUCUGACAAAUUGGGUUCUCAGUGAACAUUUCAGUCAUGAAUGGCAGGGAUGUAUUUUAUUGAAAAAUUUAGUUGUUGUAUCCUAUUUUUGGCAUUUUAACACUUUUUACACUGAAGACAAAAUAACUGGUUGCAAAAAAAAGUUCUGAAGGCAAGCCUGUGAAGGAGAACAAUCUUCUAGAGUCUUAGAUGGGACAUGUGGGAUCCAGUGCUACUACUGUGACAUCGACAAGUCCAAGUGGCUCCAAACUGCUGGAAAUAAAGGAAGAUGAAUACAAUGGCUUUUCCACAUUUGAUGAAGCAGUGGCUGAAGCAAUUUGUGAACAAAUUUCAUCAGUAUAACCAGCACAAGGUUUUUCAAAAGGAAGUUCUGUGUUUGAGUCUUUGCUCUCCAGGCGUAUGAAAAUGACUGUUCAUCAUGCUUGGUUUUUAAUUCAUAUUUAGUUGGUUGUGACCUCCUGCAGCUAUAUUCUUGUCACAGUGUAUCUCCAGCAUUUUUCACCAUAACUGUGCCAUUGUGAGAUCAGAGAGACAGCAUUGAGUAGCUGGUAAAUAGAAACCAGUGAAGAUCUGUUUUGCUCAAUUAUUCCUUUUCUUUUACAUAUUUUUGCUUCCUUAGGUUUUAAUGAAAUCGAUCAAAUUGGUGUUAAAGAUCAAGAUUCAAAAAAGUGAUUGAAACCACAUUCCACACAACCUGCAAACUGUGUUGGAGGGAUAAACUGGAACUGUUCAUAUUACAGCUGGCAUUAUGUUAGGACACAAGAAGGAAGGAUUGCCUUGGCUAAGGCACGUGUUCUUAUUCAGCCUGGAUCACACUACUAGCCUCCCUACAGUUUGUCUAGUGUUGUUCUUGUAGGGAUGCAUUGGAAACUUGUUGGUCUUGAUACAAACUAACAUUUGAAAAAUGGUGAUGACUGGAGAAUGCUCUUUAUUGGCGGAGAAUGCCCUUCUGAGGGAACCUAAGCCAUAGGUCCAUAGUGGUGGAUUUUGGACUGAAGAGGACCCAAGACAUUUGCCUUUCCUAAGGGAAAGAAAAAUUCCACCUUCCUUCUGCAAUACCUCAUUCUUCCUAAGCAACUCACUGGGGUUUCUAAUCAUGUCUCCUUUAACUGAAAUACUCAAUAAGAGCAACACAAAAACACUACAAGUUUUCAUUUGGUUUUAUAACCAAAGUGUGAAUAAUAAUCCUGGCUGUGCCCCCUUGUGUGUCUAGUUAAUUAUAUUCAGGGAAGAAAGGCUCUUUGUGUGGAGUGUAAAAUUGUAGCAUAGGAAGAUUCGUUUUUAAGGUAGUGAGUACCUGUUGCACCCUUCACCCCACUCCCAACAUGGAGGAGAAGGAUGGCUUAAGUUUUUUGUUGAUGUCUGUUUACAUUUGAUUUCCUUUAAAAAGAAAUAAUCAAUAGCCUAGUGACCGAAUGAAGGGAAAAUACUUUACUAAUGAAGAGAGCAGUAUUGUGUGAGUUAAAUUAUUUCAUAUUUUUGAAACUUUGUAGCUGGACUACAUGGAUUAUAAAUUAUUUCAUUAUUUAUUAUAAUUUCAGUAGAUUGAAGGCAAGGUUUAUUGUAGCACAAUGUAUUGGUCUUCAGUUGCUCUGCGGCUUCUUGGGCCAGAAGGAGCAGGAGCCAGGCCAUUUCUUAAUCUUGUGAUUGCACAGUAGACAACAUGGAGUGGGUCAGUACAAGCAAGGUGAAAUAGUGUUGGGGCUUCAUAUGGGUAGGGUGUGAAAUAAUGUGGAUACAGCGUCCAUAAAAUUGUGAUUGUGCUUUAGCUUCCUUGCAGCAAUACAGACCACUGUGAAAUUUCAGACUAAGGUAAAAUGAGUACGUAAGUCCAGUUCACCUGAAAUAUUAUUUUGUUCCAAAAAGAAAAAGUCCUUGCAUUUGGUGUACUUGUUAAACUAAUCAGGGUGCUGCCCAUUUUGAACUAAGUGGUUCCUGACCGCCCAUGUUCUUUGCCUAGUCGUAAGUAGGCUGAGAGUGAAUUUCUUUGAGGGUCCAUUGAUUCUGCUUAUUCAACACUCCUGUAAAUAUCAUUCCAUAAAUAUAUGGACCAAAUCAUGGGAGAACAGCAUAUUUCUGCUCCUUUCAAAUCCACAUAAUUCAGAAACUGAACUUGGUGUUCUUUUGAGAAAUUUUGGUUUUAUUGUAUCAUCUAAACCAGGUAUUGGCAAACUUCAGGCUUCCUGGCAUUUUGGACUUCCAACUCCCAGAAAUCCCAGCCAUCUUACCAGCUAUUAGAAAUUAUGGGAGCCAAAAUCCAACACCUGGAGGGCCAAAGUUUGCUCAUUCUUGAUCUCAAAGUACUGGUAAUUAACAUUAUCCUAAUGUUUUCUUUUGAGUUCUCUACAAUUCUUUUUUUCCACUCCGCUCUAUUAUCACUAAUACAUUCAGAUUGUGGGUGUCUUACUUACAAGGCUGAUAUGGGCACAUGCCUAUGAAUCAAUAACUGUUUUUAAACGGCCUUUGCAAGCAAGCAGACUAUUUGGCAAUAAACUGAAGAUGCCUUCCUUCGUUGGCAUAAAAAUUCUAGAUUUAACAGCCCAUGGCUGAGUAUGUUAUAUGCAAGAUUUUUUUUAAUGCAGCAAAGUGAAGGAUAGUUCAAAACUGAUCAAAAGCUUUGUGUUACUUGUCAAUAUGAUGUAAUUGGCAGUUAUUUUAAUGCUGACUUUUUUUCUACAUCUCGCCUUCAGCAAUUCUAAUUCCAAUACUAAUGCAGAACUGUCAGGUUUGACAGGCAAGAGUUCUCCAGGUUUUGAACAAAGAAAUUCCUCAUCUUUUAAAUGGAGAUGUUGUCCCUGGAGGCUUAUGAUGCAAAGCAUGUAAUUUAACACUAAAAUGCAUCCCCACAGCCCCAAGUCUCUAAAUUAGUAGAGAAUGUGUCUGAUGUAAUGGUUUCCAUUAUGUCUAGCAGUAACUUGGUUUUUUGGCAUUUGCACAUAUCUUGAGUCUACAGACACCAUGCUGCAUGUAAUUCUUUAAGAGACUACCUGAAGGUUCAGUCCAGUCAGCCUUCCAUAUUUAUAGGUUUGACUUUUUGCAGAUUUGAUCAUUCAAGGAUUUGACUGAAGUAUUAUCUCUAGAAUUUCUCAGUUCUCCAGUGUGACUUUGUUUAACUUCCACCAGAAAUUGACUAUAGAGUCAUGAUGGGGGACCUAGAGAUACAUAGAGAGAACACCUCUCUAGGAAUUUCUAGGUGCUCUGGUGUAAUUUUGUGUUUAACUUCUGAUGAAGAUUGACCCUUUGUGGAGGAUCUAGAGAGGUGCACUCUCAGGUUUAAAAAUGACCUAUUUUUAGUCAUGCUUUUUCCACUUUUGCAGCGAUUCGGUGCCCCUAACCCCAGUGAAUGUGGAAUGAUGACUGUAAUUCAUUAAGAUUGGUCCCUAGCAGCCUGAGUCUCUGAAGAUAUACAUUCUCCUCAUUAGUAUGUGUCCUGUAAUUUCCCCUUAAUAGUUAUAAACAAGUCAACCAGUUUUGGCUUUGACCCUCCCUGAGAACUCAGGGCUACAGGAGAACUUGAUUGCAGAAGUGUAGUGAAUUCUGGCUCCUAAGAAUGUAGUACUGUAAUUAGAAUAUUUUAUGUGCCGGGGGUGGGUGGCUAGGUGGGGGUAAGACCUUACUAGAGAGGAUUCAGCUGUAGAACAUAUCAAGCAAUCAGAUAGACAUCAUAUGUAGUAUUGAUUGGAGGUUUCCCCCAGAUAUAUUUCCUUUUAUUCGGCUGAAGUUUCUUUCAGAGGUAAGCAGGUGAAAAAAGAAUUGAAAUUUUAAGCAUAAUUGAAUCACGUAGCGCUGUUUGUUCUUACGCAGCUCCCAAUGUUAUCAGCUCUCUGCUUUAGGGCACUCCUAAUUUAUAAUUUUGAAUACUUGAGCAAAUUCAAUGUCAUGGUUGCAGAGAGAUCAUAGAUUACAAACUAAGCGAAACCAAUUACAUUUUCUAUGUUAAAGAAAAAAAAUGCUGGUAUAGGUAAACUGAGAGCGAGGCUACAUGUUAUGACAAUCAGAGCAUGCAGCUGAAAGUGACGUAGUUGCAGUGUGUUCUACCCACACAUUUGUGUUAUAAUACUUAACUGUAGCACUUCCCAUAUGAUGGAGUAGCAUCACGUUGUGAAGUCCCUGAUCCUCCCACUGUGCUCUUACCUGCCACUGCAACAUGUUUCAGUGACAAACAUUUAAUCAGAGAUGUGAUAUAGGCAAUUAUAACAAAAAAUACUCCAGAUCUUAUUAUUAUUAUGUUUAUUUAUAUCCCACUUUCUCUCUCUACAAAAGAGGCUCAAAGAUGUUAUGAUUCAAAGAGGAUGGAAUGGCUAACCAUAAAAUGUGAAUGAUGAUGAAUGUGCUCUUUUCAUAUUAACCUAACAGAUGAAUUUUAAGUCAAGGUGGGCAGUAUUUUCUAUUGAAGAUGACAUCCUCACAGUUGGUGUGCUGAAACCUAUUGUAGUGGGGUGUGGAAUAACAAAUGGGUGUGCCUACCCCUCUCCGUUUUCACCUCUUCUUCCCUUCCCUUCCUACUUAGCAGGCGGAAACCUGAACUGAUCACUUGCAGAGGGCUUUUGAAAUUAGAUUGGGGUCUGCAGAUUGACCACUCCUGUUUUAAAUGGUUGUAGAGUAUGCAGAUUAUGUUUUUAAGAUUUUGUCUUAAAAGAGUGAGGGCUAAACACUUUUUAAUAUGGAAACAGACUCUCAGGUAUUUAUGUGACUUUGGGUUCUUAAAAGAGCCUGCUAUGUUCUGUAGGUCCAAUAAAAGGUACUACCUAUACCUCCUUGCUUCUCUGGGAACAACACUCCAAAGCACGUAACUAUUCCAAGAUGUCAGAAAUAAUGGAAGUAAGCAAUACUGGUUUUGAGAGAUACACACUGUGUUAUACUUUCUUUGUUUGUAGAAAACAUUGUCAAGCUAGCACAAGAAAAAAUUUCUUAGUAACCAACAAAAAGUGCAUUAUUUUGGGAAGAAAGUAGUUGUCUUGUGUUAACUCUGAUGGCAUCUUAGAGAUUAAAGGGAUAGUUGAUGAUUCAUUGCAAAGUAGAGCUGUUCAUCUGAAAGCCAUAGACAACACACCCCACACCACAUACUAUAUGUGCAACUAUCAAAAGUGAAUCUUCUUGCUAAGUUAUGACUAUUUUAUGCAAGGGCAUUACAAUAUUACAAGGUUUUGUGAGUAACGGCACAACAACAGUAUAAUGAUACUUGGAGUACGUAAUGCAAACCAGAGACAGCUUUUGGAGGUCAAUAACUUCUUCUAGAUUUUUUUCUCUGCUCUUAUGACAGAUUCUUAAUUACUGGGUCCAGCUAUGGCACAAUCAGUGUGGUGGCUAUUGGUUAGUGGGAGUGAUUGGUUUACAUGUCAUAUGAAAUGAUCAUUUCAACUCCUAUGCUAUCUCUUCUCCUAUUCUAUGGCUUUCUGAGGCAAACUUGAUUUUGUUUUUGUAUUGAACUGUGUAUAACAAUUGGGAACAAGACUGACUAUCAAAACAGAUGCAUGGAAUAAAAGCCAGUGUACCUCA